UGCGGCUUUUAGUUCGCUUUCUCUGCUUACUUAGUAUGUCUGGACGCGGCAAGCAGGGCGGCAAGGCGCGCGCCAAGGCCAAGACCCGCGCUUCCAGGGCCGGGCUGCAGUUCCCGGUGGGCCGCGUGCACCGCCUGCUGCGCAAGGGCAACUACGCCGAGCGGGUCGGGGCCGGCGCGCCGGUCUACCUGGCGGCCGUGCUGGAGUACCUGACGGCCGAGAUCCUGGAGCUGGCGGGGAAAGCGGCGCGCGACAACAAGAAGACGCGCAUCAUCCCGCGCCACCUGCAGCUGGCCAUCCGCAACGACGAGGAGCUCAACAAGCUGCUGGGCAAGGUGACGAUCGCGCAGGGCGGCGUCCUGCCCAACAUCCAGGCCGUGCUGCUGCCCAAGAAGACCGAGAGCCACCACAAGGCCAAGGGGAAGUGAAAGCCUUAGAAUUUAUUCCAGCAUUGACCCCCGAUCGGAAACCAAAGGCUCUUUUCAGAGCCACCCACUUUAUCAUGAAGUGCUGGAAUACUUAUGAGGGCGCAUGCCACUUUAUGUGAUUCAGCAUUUCCCCAAUUUGGGGUUAAGCGUUUUAUUUAAGACUUAGUCUCAGUGCUGGGCAUUGAUAGGUCUGUUUGUAAUUUGUUGACCCAAGUAACAAUUUAAACUCAAAAAAAGAAACGUGAAAGAUGCCUCCUGGUCUCUUACUAGAACAAAAGAUGCAAUAUUCUAACAGUGACCAAAUACUCAAGCAGUGAAUGAAGUGAUGACCACAAGAUGACACAGAAAGCUAGUGCAAUGGACAAGUCCCAAAAGCAUGUCAAGACUCAACUUUAGGUUGAAGGCUACACUCCGGGUGUGGACGGCAAGUCAUGGUAUGUGAGCUGCCUUCUCCGACUGUGUGUCACAGAACCACAAAAUACUACAGGAGAUGAGGAACAAAGGAGGGGUGCCAGCCAAUCUCAAGGUGGGAUAUUUAAGAUGUAAGGCAUGGCCCUGUUCUUACCACAGGGAAUUGUUUAGAUUCUCACUGGGAAAUGUAUUACCUUGGUUCUUACUGGGAAAUGUAAGUAAAUACUCUGAUAACGGUAAA